AUGGUUGAAGUUUUCGCGAAUCGAAAUUCGCGACAAUUGGAAUGUGAAAAUAAGACAUCUUUAAGUCCAUCGGUCAGUGAUGAGGAACCAUCAACCAACAGUAUUAAUAUAACCCGUCGAAAUGUCGGUUAUUCCGUAUUUGCGGAAGGCAAUGAAAAAACUCAUGGAGAAGUUUCUCUUGAUAAUAUUAGUUUGAGCUCACCCUCUGACUCACACCAUACACUUAGCUCAUUGUCAUUUGAGCAUGUGAAGAGUGUUGUAGCAGAUGAGAAAUUAUUAAAACCGCCAUGUAUGGGAUUAUUAGCUAUUCAGCUAAGUUGCUGUAAAGAAGAAUGCCGUUACAAAAAAAUUCGUGAAGAAAAAUUUUGCGUGUUAUCACUUUCGCUUCCGAAAUCGCCUAGUCCGGUGCUGACAUUUUCGGGAUUGCUAGAUAGAUAUUUUACCGCUGAAUAUAUUCAAGGUGCAUCCUGCGACCGAUGCUUAAAAAGGAAAAACGAUUCGUCUGGUGGACUAAUAAAGAAGCAAGGAUUUUGUAAGUUACCAUCCUUACUGAUAUUUCGCGUUGAGCGAGUUGGAUUCUCUCCUAGUGGAUAUGUCUUUAAGCGUACUGAACGUUUUUUGCUUCCUGAAUUCAUUGAUAUCCGAGAAUACUGUUUCUUCAGCGAACAAAAUAAGCCAAAGCAAACGAAAGACCCAUUACUAAAUUCUUGUUUCCGAGUUUUGGGAGGUUCAGCUUUAAAUGCUGCAUCAUCUGUUCCAAAAGUCAAACAACAGUGGCAACAAGCUGCGUCGCUAUCUUCAGUCAACAAUGGAACGAAUUUCUGCGAAUAUGAUAGUAUGUUCAAAUACAAGUAUCAGCUACGUGCCAUUUCUGUACAUAUUGGACAGGCUCAUUCUGGUCAUUUUAUUACUUAUCGUCGGGGAAUUGGUGUUCAAAAUCGGUCUACUUGGUACAAAACAAGCGACACGGAGGACAGCAUCACUGGUGAAACAGUAAUUGGAAAUAAUUGUCCAAGUGGGAUGAGAUUGAGAAUUUUAAAAUUUUCGAAAUUUGGGAGUCGGGAAUAUGUAAAUCGUGGCAAAGUAGACCGUUGGGACUGCGUUGGAGGUUUAGAAGCAGGUGAGGAGCUAAUGAGCGGUGACUUACCCGAGGAGUUUGAUGUAAUCAUUUUGGGCACCGGGCUUCCAGAAUGUAUGAUUGCAGCUGCUUGUGCCCGUUCUGGUCUUAAUGUUUUGCAGUUGGACAGGAACGAUUAUUAUGGCGAUUUGUGGGCUUCAUUUAAUAUACAAUCGAUCCAGAAUUGGAUAAUUGGAGAUAGCAGGAAUGACAAUAGGGCUCAGAUCAGUCCUGGUUCUUUCCUGCUAGAUGGUGAAAAGUUUUUACCGGUUACAUGUCAGUCUUUUGUUGAGAAUGUCCAUCAACACUAUUUCAACGAUCAUGCUGAUGAUGCUCAGGAAUUGGAUACUGAAAUAGUUUCACGUCUGCAGAAUAUCGAUCCACAGUGGCGAAAAUUCAGUUUGGAUCUUUUGCCUAAGCUGUUGUUGAGCAGAGGUAGUAUGGUAAAGCUGCUAUGUGACUCGGGUGUUGCCAAAUAUUGCGAAUUCAAGUGUGUUGAUCGACUUCUGAGCUGUGUAUCAAAUGAAGGCCUAAAUUCGCUUAAAGUAGCUCCAUGUUCUCGAGGAGAAAUAUUCCGAAGUGAUACUAUUUCAGUGCAAGACAAGCGGCGAGUGAUGAGGUUUCUCCAGAAAUGCAUUGAAUGGCGCAAAAAUCCUGAUGAAAAUGAUAGUUGGAGAGAAUAUGCCGAAAAACCAUUUGAUGCUUUCGUGGAAUCUUUUGGCAUCGUGGGUCAUGCGAAAAAUAUACUUACCGACACUUUAGCAAUCUUACGCCCAUCAGGCAAAACUGAAGAGAUAAGUCUGGAAGCAGUAUGGCAGUUUAUGGAAUCUGUUGGACGCUUCGGUGAUUCGCCAUUUUUGUGGACACUAUAUGGUAGCGGGGAACUACCGCAGUGUUUCGCCCGACUAUGUGCUGUUUUUGGUGGAAUUUAUUGCUUAGAUCGUUCGAUUGAUGGCUUUGUCAUCGCUGAUGAGAGAAUUGUAGCGAUAGUGACACAAGGUCAGCGAAUCAAAUGUAACUACGUAAUCACAAAUCGGACGUACGUGCCGCAGCAGCAUAUAGACACCUCGCUGCAAACACGAUUGAAUCGAGUUAUUUUAAUCUCAGAUCGUUCUAUUCUACCGGAUUUAGAAAAAGAACAUAUUAGUAUAUUAAAUCUCGCUAAUUUGAAAAGUGGUGCAGUAUCGUAUUUGCUAGAAGCCGGAUAUGAAGGUUGUAUAGCACCAAAAGGAAAAUACGUUACUCAUAUAACUGCUCGGAGUGAUGGCGUCGCAAGCACUAUUUUAAAUCCUAUUAUUGAUAUGUUUUUCAGUGCGACGAAAAAUGAAGAAAUGAAGCCUCAAAUUUUAUGGUCCCUUUAUUUUGAUUUGAUUGUACCAUCAGUAAUUUCCCACAACUUGCCGACAAAUAUGCGAAUUGUUCCAAAUAUUAAUGAACAUUUAAAUUAUACCCAAAUUGUUUUCGAGGUAAAAAAAAUUUUUAAAGAGCUCUGGCCGGAUCGUGAUUUCUUGCCAGCCGCAUUAGAUGAAGAAGAAGAAUGCGACGAAUGCGUUAGUACAGCAGAUUCUGAAAAGAAGCGGAAAGUCCCUGAAGGCGGAGUAUUGUUGAACAAAAUGGCAUAA